GAAGAACUAAAGAUGCUGCAGAAAGACGGAAUUUGGGGUGACAGUCCUGGCGCGAAAUCUUUAAAUUGACACACUUCAUAAAAUCAACACGUUACACUUGAAUAUUAAACUAAAUAUUAGACCGGUGGACAACAGACAACAACUCUAAACCUGAAGAUAAGCAUGUCAGAGACGAGGCGGUGAGUUUCGAUUUUGGUUUUUAUCAUAAUGUGUCAGAGGUCGCUGGUUUGGCAGUAACGUGUGACGAGACGAAAAUGACUGAGGCCGGAGCGGAGAGAGAAAAGCCUCCGAAAUCGGUGUGUGUGUAUGACUGCCGAUCCGAGAACAGCGCCGCAUCGGCGCGGACGAUAGACAUCGCGAACAUGGACCACAGCAGCUUCCUGCAGGCGCUGAGACAGGAGUUUUCACUGUCGACAAAUGAGACUUUUGUGAUUAGCACGACGGACCGAGGAGAGAUUGACGCAGAGCUUUACGAGGAGCUGGUCAAUGGGAAAACCUUGCUACUGUUGAAGUCCAUGAAUCAGGAACUGCCUGCGGCGACCCAAGAGCGGAUUGAGUUUUUGCCGCACUACCAUACCCUGGUGCAGUGUGGCAUGUACGAGUACUACGCUAGUGAAGGACAGAAGGCGUUGCCCUAUGCCUUCGCUGAGCUCAUUGAUAAUGCACUGUCAGCCACAGCAAAAAACACGGGAAUCAGGAGAAUUGAAAUCAGAUUGCUGUUUGAUGAGUCUCAGGGAGGACCUGCAAUUGUGGUGAUGGAUAACGGGUGUGGAAUGACGUCUAAACAGCUGAACAACUGGGCCGUUUACCGUCUAUCCAAGUUCAUACGAGAAAACGGCAUGAAGAGGGAAGAAACCGGUUAUGUGCGCCCAGAUCCAGUUCCACGGAGUCUAAACAGUGACAUCUCGUAUUUUGGAGUUGGAGGGAAACAGGCUGUGUUUUACAUUGGCCAAUCUGUCAGAAUGAUCAGUAAACCUGCAGGUUCUCCAGAUGUUCAUGAAUUUGUCAUGUCUAAAGAAGACUUUGAGCACAAGGAGAUGAACAAGCAGGAAAUUUACUCUGGCUUCAUUAGAAACAGGAAGCCUGGUGAUUACUCGCAUGUGGAGAGCGAGGAACAGUUUCUGCAGUCCAUUGUGACUGAAGAAUAUGGAAAGGAAAGUUUUACAGCAGUUGUCAUCACUGGAAUCCAACAGGAACACGUCACCUACCUGAAACAGAAUUUCAAUCUGUGGACCAGAGAGUUGGCGCAUACUUACCACUACUAUAUACACGGAGUUGAUGGAAACGAUAAGAAAAUAGGGAGAAAAAAUGACCAUGUCUCCAACAUUGACAUUAAGAUCAGUUUGUUUGAUCGCUCUCCUCGUGUCCCCCUUUUGAUGAAUCUGAGGGAGGUGGAUAAUGACAUGCAGACUCUGUAUAUCAACUCCUGUGUUUCCACUUUUGAGUUUAAAGCCACCGGCGCUGGAGAUUCCUUAGUGGAGGGAUUGAUCCGAUAUCACCCGUUUCUCUACGAUCGGGAAACAUACCCACUGGAUCCAUAUGCUGCUUCAGCAGGUCCCUUAGAGGAUGAGGAUGAAGAUUGUAUAAUUGUGAACUCUGAAGCCCGGGGCAAAAGGCCGAUCUUUGAGUGCUUCUGGAAUGGCCGGCUCAUUCCCUACACCACUCUCUCAGAGUUUGAGUGGUGUGCAAAGCCUAAAAAAUCAGGUGCAGUGCCAUUGGAGUGCUAUAACCGAAUUUCAGGAGUUCUCUUUGCCAACGACCGAUUUCAAGUCAGUACCAACAAACUUACCUUCAUGGACCUAGAGCUGCAGCUCCGUGACAAGGGCACCAUUUUUACCAAAAUGCACAAUGGCCAGGAGCAGCGAGUGAAUAUUCAGAGGGAGUUUACCAACUGGUUAAAAGAAAGUCAUGAGCACUUUGAUAAGCAGGUGAUGUUUCAGGGAUUUAUGGGUUCAACGACACGUACAGAUGUGGCCACAAAACGGCUUCAGUCACCCUGGGCUAAAUUCCAAGCCAUUAAGUGGGACGGCAAGAUUUACAAGAAAGGACAAAGUGUGAAGUCAGUGAAAACUCAGCCCAUCUUAUUUGGCUCCAUUGUUCAUUUCUUGCUUUACGGAGAGCAUGAAGCUGAUGUGUACGCCACAGGAGGAUAUGUUAAAAUUGCACUGGAACCGAAGGAGUUGUAUGAUGAGCUCAGGAUAAUUCCCAUCUCUAAGAUCGACAGGUUGGCCACACCCACAGCCAUUAAGAAGAAAAUCGAUGAUGAGCUCGCAAAACUUCCAGACCGGCUGAGGGUUACAUGGCCUGAGGGAAACGCAUGGGCUGAGAAUGAUGCUCGUCCGGCUGGCACACCCAUGGGUCCAAUUCAAGUGGAGAUUUUGAACAAAAAAGGAGAGUCGAUGUCUCGGCUGCCCGGGACAGCCAUCAAUUCCAAAAAACUGUUGAUUGAACUGAAAGUCAUCUGGCACUCUCCUAAAGGAGAUGUCCAGACCAACUCCCACAUUGGUGUUCAUUCAACCAAGUGGGAAUACUGGUUCAAGACAAUGGAGAAUUUCAAUAAACUUGGGAAGUACACGCUACAUUUGCAGACCAUGCUGAGUGAGCACAAAUCAGACAGCGAAUGGGCCGGAAAAAGACUCCCCAACUACAGCCUCAAUUUCUCUAUUAAAGAAGGUGAAGCGGUAUCUUUUGUACUAGGUGUCAUUUCCUCUCCUGUCCACGUUGGAGUUCCCUUCAGUAUUCCUCUAGAUUUUAGGGAUGAGUUUGAUUAUCCCACCCAGCCAUCCUGUGACAUUAAACCCCAGCUGGAAUGUAGUUCACUACAGCUGAGUUAUGAGGGAACCGCAUUUGGGACCACUUGUGUCAUCAAAAAUGUGAGGGCCAUGGGAAAGAUCAGUCAUCAAAACAAGAUGUACACGGUGAAGGUGCACAUCCCGGGGCUGAAGCAGGACAGCCAGUCUCUUCAAAUCGUUCUGCAACCUGGCCCUCCGCACACUCUUGUGGUGUUUCCAGACGAUGAUGUGCUCUCUGUUGAGAAUCGAACUCCUGUAAACUUCAAAGUUGAGGUUCACGAUGAAUACCAGAAUAUCACCACUCAUCCUAAACUCACCGUCCGCUGCCAGUUGCUGGGAGCCCCUGAUCUGCCCGUGGAUGUUGUGGACUGCAGUAACACUGGCUCUGGACUCCUACUGGCCAAACCACUUCUGCUGAAGACUGUAAACGCUGACCAAAUCCUUACUGCUAAGUUCAACAUUCCUAACCACAGGACAGUAGCAUGUGUGGAACGCCAGCUGCGCGUCUUGCCCAGCUCACGAAUAACCCGUUUGGAGGUCUACAGACAGGAAGAGGACUCUGAUGAUGUCACGGUGCUGCAGAACGCAGAGCGCAUUGAUUGGACGGCAGGAGACGUGCUAGGAAAACUGCGCUUCAGGCUGUAUGAUGAGGGCAAUAGACUGGUUUCCCUUCUGCCCAAAAUCACCAGCAAGAUCAAGGUGAACUGGACAGUGGAUAUAAGCGCAGAAGAGCUUUCUCUGGGAAAACUGCCUCCUUUAUGUGUCCCAACUCUGGCACAGAGAGAGCAUUUGUACGACGUGUCUUUCAACGACCAGUACACAGUCAACUUUUCCUUCAUCAUUGUGCCUCGUCCAGAUGAGCCUGAGCGUUUGCGGAUCAGCCUUAGCGAGUCGACUGUCAAAAUGGGAGAAAUUCUGUCAGGAAACAUAUAUGUAGAAGUUGUUGAUCAGUACGGGAAUAAAACGGAUUGUCUGAACGCUGAUAUUGUGAAGAAUAUGAGUGUGUCUGCUGUUGGUCUGGAUACAUCAGCUCUGGUCAUUGAAUGGCAGACCAGUAGUGGAUGGUUGUCCGUUCGCGGGAUUCGGUUUGUGGGAGGAUCUCCUGGCCCGAGGGAGUUGUGCUUUAAGUAUCAAGAAAUGAAGGAAUUUGUGCGACUUGAAGUCACCGCAGGAACUCCAGUACGGAUAAAGCUGCUGGAGGAGCCGGAGAUGCCUUUCCAGGUUGUGAAUGGCCAGGGCUUGGACAAACCGCUGGUCGUUCAGCUGUGUGACAAAUGGGGAAAUCCUUCACCAGACCAGCGGAUUGUAAUUGUGAUGAAGACUCAGUCGCAGUUGAAGAUAAAGUCUUCAGUAUCAUCUCAGCCUGUGGAUGCAGAAGGAAAAGCUUGCUUCAUAUUAGAAGCUAUAAGUGGUCCAAAAGGGGAGCAUCAGUUGGAGUUUCGGGGGUCUUUUAGCAGAAAAGGGAUUCCUGGGCCUGUUGUAAAACUAAAUGUGAUUCCUGACCCCAACAAUCCUGUUGAACUCUCCAUCGAAUAUGACAGCACUGCCACCUUGCGUGCAGGGGACAUCUUCCCAGCGUUUACAGUAGUCGUGAUGUCUGAGGAAGGCACACCGGUGAGAAACAUCUGCCCGGCAAACCUCUCCAUGCUGCUGUGGAAGGGCACAGCAUCAGGCUCAUGUCCACCUUCUACCGCCUCGACUCUGAAGUGUAGUAAACGCAAAGACACAGAAAAGGACGACAGCUUCUGUUUCAGGGAUAAGCAGAUUCCAGAGCUAGCAGCGCAGUAUGUUGUCCAGUUUGUUUUGGCUUUGGACAAAACUAAACAUCUGUGGAGCAAGCAGAUUUCACUAAAUGUUGUUCCCAAUAAAGCGGUGAGAUUAGCCCCUGAGACUCCACCUCCAACUCCUGUUGUGUCCAAUAGUGAAAUGCUGGCCAGUCGCACACUGCUGGAAAGAUUUCAACUAAAGAUCAUGGACGAAUACAGUAACGCUGCUGGUGAGGGUUUGGAUGGAAAAGUUAUUGUUACAUUUAAAGGCACAGGAGACAUGGUGCUUCCUUUAUUUGAGAACAAAGAUACAAGAGUCUCUUACAGCCUCAUUAAUGGGGAAGCUCUCAUUACUGAUUUGGCACUUUUGGAAAACAGUCCCGGAGUGGAUGGUGCCGAAUACAUCCUCCAGUUCAAUCCUGAGAUUCGACAAACUAGUGUUAGCAUCGCUCCAUAUAUCCUGCCUUUCAGAUUCUGCAACGAUUCAGAACAUCAGAAAGUCAUCGUGAGUCUCAGUAAGAAGAAAGAUCGCCUUUCCCGAACUGUUUCGAUGUACCAGGACAUUUUCGAAACCAAUAAACAACUAACAUCUGAACUUGAAUGUCAGGUGCGAGAUGCAAACCACAAAUUAAAUGAGCUCAAACCAGAGCUCAUGAAAUGUGGUAUAAACAUCUCAGAACUAAGCACUGUGUCAGCAAUAGACAAAAUUAUGAAUGGCAAGAAAGCAAUUUUGACCAGGAUAGAGAAUCAGCCUCGGAGGAAAUGUGACAUUUCUGACCCUUUCAAAGGCAGCCCACAUGUUCUGGGAAAGGUCGGUCAUCUGGCACAGGUGGAGGAUGAUGAUGCCGCGAAGGUGAUCUCUUGGCAUAUACUGGGUGACAUGGACUGUGUGGUUACUGAAACAACAUCUGCUGCUAUGAAAAUCUACGAUGAUACGCAAGGCCGACAACAGGUCAUUCCCCUCGAGACAGUCCACUGGAGACCAAAUGACAGGCCUCUGCCUCACAUCAGGAAUGGCUCGCUUCUCUUCCAUCCCAUUGGUAAUCCUGUGUUUGUCAAAGAUAUGCUCAUUUUUCCUGAGCACGUUGAAAGCUGCAAUAAAGUUUUUUCAACUCUUCUUGGAGACACCAUCCUAAUUGAUGAUUUGGAUUCUGCUAAUCAUUAUCGUCGGGGGGUGGUUCAGAAUAAGAUGCAGUGUCCCACGCUCUUAACGCGUCAGGGCGAGAGGAUACGCAGCAACGGCAAAUUCGGAGGACUGCAGAACAAGGCUCCAUCCAUUGAGAAACUUCGAGGACAAGUGUUUGGGGCACCAUUACCCAAAGAGCACAAGCACAUACGCCAUCAGAUAGAGCUACUGCAGCAGUAUGGUGUUGCAUUGCAGAAGGCUACUGAUGUCCAAUCUGAGUAUAACAAUCAUUUGCAGUACCUGCAGAGUCCUGAUAUGAAAAAGAAACAACAAGAGCUCCAGCAACAAGAGGAAGAGUUAAGGGAGCUUGAGUACAGCCUCGCCACCACUCCUACACGAAUGUACAUUGGAGUGAAACGGAGCUUUGAGCCAGAAACGCCCGUGUCCUCAGUCCCUAAAAGAUCCAGACGCAAAAAUACAUAAACUGGAUUGAAGUUACGUGAGCUGACAGCUGAUGCAAUGCUUUUUUUUAAGUCCAGAGUGUCAAAGAUUGUUGCAUAUUUUGUUCUUUGCAAAUCCUUGUCUGAUUUUUACUUUUCACUCUUUACAGAUUGUCUGAUUUUAAACUGAAAGCGAAAAAGUUAAAUACCUGGACUGUGUCCAUAAUAUAUUUUGUAUGUUUCUUUAAGGAAAAAACAAUUUUACACUUACACCAGGUCCUGUCUUUUUUUUUUUUAUUCAACACAACACACAACUAUUCAAGCAAUUACACUGUCACUAAAGUCCUACUCAGAUGGGUUUGUUUUCCUGACGUGUGUCUAUAAGUCCAGUGUAUACACUGGUUUUUGCAUGCAUGCUAUGUGGCAGAUGCAUACAGCUUACAAUAGCAUUUCAACGCUUACUUUACUUCAUUCAACCACAUGCGGUGAUGAUGUUUUUUGUAGGCCAACUCAUAAGUUAUCAUCAACCAGGCUCCCUGGACAAUAGCCCAUUAUGAUUUUCCCACUGGCUUUUGCAUUAUUGCAGAAAAUAUGCUUUGCAACCAACAAAUGUUUAUGAUUCUCACAAAUGAACACAACUUUUAUGAAUUUUUAAGCCUAAAUACAAUAACCAGAAGUAAAAGAAUAAACGUUUUCAGUCUUUAUUUUAAAGCAUUUUCCUUGAAUGUUUGAGUCAGAAAAGUGCAAUUAUAAGUCAAGUAGUUUACCUGUUUGUGAUGACAUUUAAUGUCCGACAACCUUUGUAGUCCCAUUUAGCCACUUGUUAGCAAGUGCCUUUUUCAACAAAAGUAAAAGCUUUAAAAAACCACAAGUUGGUUGAUGUAUUUUAUGUUGUAGAAUAAAACAUGACAGUAUCUUGAGAUUUAACCAAAAACACAUUCAAAAAAGCCAUUGACUUUGGGAUGAUGGAACCAGAAGUGUGAAAAUGCAAUCACUUGGUUCUCGGUCUUGGCCUCCAAAAAAUACAUCAUCCCAUUGUUUAUCAUCAGGUCGCAUUGGACUGUGUCUGAAAUCGCUUUAUGUACCUUCAUAUACCGAACUAUUUGAGGGAACAUCAUAAUGCGCACUAUUGAGUGCCCUUAUGCGCUGUCUGAAUUGUUUUCAUUCAAUAUUUUAGUGGAUAAUGUGAGAAAUAAUGUAUGAGGGAAUCUAACUUAUUUUUCAGCAUUCAUCACCGUAACAAACUGUUGUUCUUUUUUGUUAUUUGCUUACCUUUUUUUGUAGUUUCUCCCUGUAAUAAACUACUUUUUGUAGUGAAAUUAAAAAAGGUUCACACAGUUUUGCCAUAUAGAGUGCUAUGUGGAAAAAUUGUGAAAUACAAUUUUUGGUUACAAGUAACAUUUGCUUUACGAGAAAGCUCAACUUCAGCACAUUUUUGUACUGUGUAAUAUGUUGUAUCAUAACAGUUUUAACUGUUAUACCUUUUAAGGAUGUUAUAUAUGCAGAACUAAUAUGUAAAACAUGGCAGACACCAAAAGUUAGCCUAUAUACGGUAUUUAUGGAUCGGUUUCUAUUACUUUAUCACUUAAAUGUCUUGUGUUAUCAAAUAAUCUUUUACAAUUACAUAAAUGUUUUUUAAAGUCUCCAGAAUCUCAGGAAGUUAGAAUUGGUCAUGAUUUAAAUCAAGUCAUAAAAAAAAUAUUGCUCUAAUAAGAUGCACUUCGUUAGCUGGUGUUUUGGUUUGUGUGUGCGAUUUCAUCACAAAAUCUAGGAUUAGUUUACUUUCAGAGAAAAAAAAAAAAAUCCUGAUCAUUUACUCACC